GAUAUCAAACGUCUUCUAGUUGCCGGAUUGAGAUUGUAUCAUCAUACUAGCUGUCAAUCAAAGCUUCACUAUAUGCAAAAAUCACAUGAUCGAAUUGACGUCGAUCCAUUCACAAGGUAAUUACCAGUGCCUGGUAGCCAUAAGAUAUCAAUUUCACAAUCGGUCUUCUACUCGAGUAGGCAUCCACAGCUUAGAAAAAGCUUCCUCCACUAACUCUCACCUCCCUAUCUGGAGACAAAAACACAAUGGAUAAUAAAAAAAGUAAAACUAUUUAUCAAUUGGAUACCCCGUUCACUACGGCUCAAUGGUUAGUAAACAUUCACCAUCACUCGGUACCUAUUAAUCCUAAUCUGAAAUCCUAGGCCACAAAUAUCCUCCAAAGACCAGGAAACCAUAGUCGAACUUCUAUGCAGGUGUGUAAAUCUUCUGAUGCAUAAGCACAUCGUGAAAUUAUCUUUCAGCGACUGAUUUCUCUCCCAAGAGAAUUCUUAAGAUCAUCAAUUGAGACAUAAAGGCAGAGAGUUCUGCAAUCCAUUAAAGAAUCUUGUACAGCAAUUUUAAGCUAAUCACAAGGCUAACCAUCUUUUAGUAUAUUAUCACCAAUUGGAUCAUAUCGUUCCAAUCAUAUUAUCCCAUCUAAAGGAAAGCGCAGCAAAAAGCGCAAAAGAAGAGACUCAAAAGCAGGAAAUGAGAAGUCAGAGACUCCUCCGCCACCUGAAAUAUCUUCCCACAUUGUUACAGGGCUAAACAGCAUCCAUCGAAUGCUAGAAGAAUCAUCCAAAAAGGAAAUGGACACUAAGGCAAAUCCCGAGAACCCUAAAUCCGAUACCCGCCCCCAAACCAAGGAUGCCUUCAAGCCCGAUCCCCAUUUCUCAGCCAUUUUCGUCACCCGCUCCGAUCAACCACCAAUCCUCAACUCCCAUCUUCCACAAAUCAUCGCCACAGCCUCAAAAGCACAUCCCACCAAACCAUCCACAAGAUUAGUACAAGUACCCAAAGGAUCCGAAACUCGAAUAGCCGCAGCACUCGGUCUACCAAGAGUUUCAUUCCUUGGAAUUCUUGACGAUGCACCAAAUUCUAAGGCUUUGAUUGAUUUAAUUCGAGACUGUGUGGAGGAAAUACAGAUACCUUGGUUGGACGAGGCAAAGAAGGCAGAGUAUUUAGAGACGAAGAUUAAUUCGAUUCAAACGUCGAUAGGGGCGGUGAAUCCUAAAUGAUAGAGGGGCAUAGGGAAGUUGAAGCUGUAUAUACUGUUCCUCUAUUGCACCAUCCAUGAAUUCUAUGCUCUGUGUAAAUAUUUGCUAGUUCAUAUCCAUUCACUUCUUUAAUUCUCU